CACCCUAUGUUGCUUCGCUUGCGGACGGCGCAGGCGUUGGCCCAUCUGCAUGCUCAUGCUUCUUCUCAUGCCGCUGGCUCUGUGGCUGCCGGCAGGAGCGGCGGUGUCGCAAACUCUGCGGCACCCGGAGUGCGCUGCCCUUCACGUCGACGGCCAGGAACGGGCAGCUCUUCCCUCAUGCUGCCGCUUGGCUAAGAGCGAAGCAUCCUGCUUGAUGCAGGCUGCAUCCUCGCCUGGCGCCAUGAAGAUCGCUUGCUGCUUCGGCUGCGACGACCCGGUCUAUCGCGCGGCUUGCAUGUCUGCGCAGACAGACCGGCUCGAGCACGGCGUCCUGCCGCUGCGUGAGGCUACCGUCCGCAAGCCGCGGAGCUGGGCCAGAAUCAGCUGAUGUUGCAGCACCCUGGACGCCU